GCAUCGUUGGCACCUUCUCUCACUUUCGUCUUUUUCUCGCUCUCUAAGUCUCAUUCUAUCUCAAGGCCGCGCCUUUGAACCCAGAACUCUAUCUAACGAACGAAUACCCCGCAUUCACAAUGGCCAAAUUCUCCCUCAUUCUUGCCCUCCUAUCCGUCAACCUCGUCGUUGCUACCUACAUCCCUCGAGCAGCCCCAGGAACACAAUUCAUCACCGGCCCCUGCAAUGUCGACGCCGAUUGUGCAUCUGGUUGUUGUGGUGUCAACUCCGGUAAAUGCGCUGGCGCUAUUAUCGCCCUCACUCGCGACGGUGGAUGCGGUCGUGGCGAUGCGCAAUCUAACAGCAGGGCUGCUGCCGUCCUUCGUGGUAACUGCCCUGGUACUAAGUUCAAGCGUGAAAUCGAGCUUGAAAUAGAGGCGAGGGCUCCCCUUUCCCCCGACCCAGAUGGUGUUCGUCAUGUCGGAAAUGGCAAAGGAGAACAGUUCAUCACCGGCCAAUGCUUGUCCAACGCCGAUUGCGCGUCGGGAUGUUGCGCUACUCUUGGUAACAUCGGUAUCUGCUCAGGUCCCUUAGCUGCAGAUCAACAAGGAAAAACAGGCUGUGGCUUCUCUGGUGCACCACGUGGCGGCGCACCCCCGCCACCUCCCGCUAACAACGGUGGUGCCUCUCCUCCUUCCGUUGCACCCGCUGGUGGACCCGCUACCUCUGGAAACACCGACAUCGGUGCUAAUUGCGCUAGUGAUUCUGACUGCAAGACUGCUUGCUGCGGGUUCAAUACGGGUAAAUGUGCCCUCGCCAAGACCGCUCCUGGUUCUGAUGGUGGAUGCGGGAAGGGUGAAGCUGCACCUAACACGAGGGCUGCAAAUGUUAUAAACGGUAACGCACCUGUUUGCUAGACGCAGGAUAACGAGUUGAAGGCAUUUGUGGUUUCAGUUUCGGUCUUUUGGGGGAUAUUUAUUUCGUAUUUAAGAGUUUUUAUUACUCGCACUAGAGUAUGUCAAAAUAAUUCGAAUAAUCGAGCCUUGAUUUUGUUUCAAU